AUGGGCCUGGUCACUCUUUCAGAAGCCCCUUCCCGACAUCCAAGACGAUCUUCUGAGACGUUACCCAAAGACACUGAAAAGGGGGACGUGAAAGAAUAUCUCGAGGGCCUGGUCGCAGAAACCACCUUUGAGAUGACUACCGAGGAUAAACUUACCACACAGUGGGAUAUGAACGCCGCGAUAACUGUUGAACAAGAGCACAACGAUCCAGAGACGGUGCAGAAGCUGAAUAAUCUACUUUCCGAACGAGCCACGACGCUUGCGCAGAUGGAGGUGACAUUGAGCGCUUUGAAACAGGAGGUGAGUAUCAAGGCGGGUGUAGAUAAGGAAAGACUAGAAAGGGAGAUAGUGGACCAUGAGGUUAGGGUUGAGAAAGAAAAGGCUGGGAAGGCGGAGGUAGAGCAUGCGUUGGAAGCGGUUGAAGAUGGGACUGCUGCGAGGGAUGAGGUGAGAAAAAGGGAACAGGAGAGGAUGCAUGAGAUUGGGAAAGUGCAUCGGUAA